AUGUCCCAACCCAGGACUCCUUCUGAUCGCCCUUACGGCGCUAAACCACCAUACAUCCCACCGCCUGGACCCUUUUACUCUCAAGCAUCGAUGAGUCAAAAUGAAAGCUCUGCCUUCCCCGUAUCAUCCUUCCCUCCCUCCAGAUCAGCCGAAUAUACCCGACGACCAUCUCGACCUGUAGGAGGAUUCGUCGAUGCCAACGAGGAAGUCCUGCCAAACAUUCCAGGCAGGAGUGGUUUUCCUUCUGGUCCAGUCCACACUAAUCCGCCUGGUCGAACGUCUUCUAUUCAUGAUGUUCAACCUCGACAACAAGCUGAACCGCAAAUCCGACAGCAAGCCAAUACUCAUCAUCAAUACGAGACCAAUGCGCAAACCCAAGCUCGUCAAGAUCAACGCCAUGCUGGAAGUCCGAUUCAAGGUCGAACUCACUCCGCUAAUCGAUCUCAACCUUCUCGCCCAGAUCAUGGUUCAUCCAGUGGAUUUCCCGCUGUAGGUGCUGAUCAAGCUCCUCUCAAGCCCGCCUUGAAGAAGACUCAACCAUCAUCUGCUGAAGAUUUUAUCAAGAUCAAACAAGAAAAUAACAAUCAAUCACCUUCCAUGGUACAGCCCACUCGAGGAUACACUGGCGGUAUUCAAAAUACUUAUUCUCAACCCAAGGCAUCGCCACUUCAAGAGAGAUCGACUCACGACUACCCUCAACAUCAGAGCUCCAAUCCUGAUCUUCAACGAUUGAAGAGAGAAAGCUCCAUGCCUCCUUUAGGCCGAUCUUCCUUCUAUGAGGAAGAAAAGGAGGAGGAUCUUCAGUCGACCGCAUACGAUUCUCCUGAGCCUCGAGGAAGACGUCGAACAGGUCGUCAAGCCCCAACAACCGAUUCUCAACCUACACUUGGUACCAGUGUCAAGAUGGGUAGAAGUAAAUCGGGUAUCAACGAAGGCGGAUCUCAAAGAAAAAAUGUUCAUAGUUCCGCAUAUCAAGCUCAACAUCAAGGUGAACGACAAGAAUUCUCUCCUUCCGAAAACGCAUCAUCCUAUAACACUGAUAACGAAUUCGGUUCAAUCCACCAAUCGAUUGAAGAAGUGCUGUAUUCUGCUCGAGAUCACUUUGAUGAGCUAAGAAUCAAGGAGCAGUGGUACCCACGAGCUAUCGCCUGUCGAGACCAAGAAAUAGCAAGGCUGGUAGGAACCAAUGGUGAAUUGGAGCAGAGAGUUCGAGGUUUGAUCGCCGCGAAGGCUCGGAGUGAAACGAAUGCAAAGAGAGAAGUAGAGAAGGCUCAUGCCAAAGUCAAAAUCGAAAUGCAGCACAAGUCCGAAGUCGAACGAAUCUUAAAGGAGAGUCGGGAGAAACUGAACGAAUUGUUACGGGACGAAGAUGUUCAGGCAAUGAAGAAUUUCAAAGAGCAACAGAUCGCUCCGCUCAAUUCUAGCGUCGAGGUUCUCGGUACUUCUCUUGCAGGUAUUCAUACUGCUUUCAAUGAGAUCAAGGAUGAUAUCGCUCUCUCAUCCAAGAUCGAAGACGAUCUCGUUGAGGUCAGGGAAGAGAAUAAGCGGUUGAAGUCAGCUUUGUCUCAACGAGAAUCCGAGAACACUAAGCUACAAACGAAAGUCAACCAAUACGAAUCGAGCGUCGGACAAUCGCUACAAAAGGUGGACGACUAUGUUGCCAAUCUCAAGUCUGCAAAGAGCUCUGACGAGGCGUCUUUGAAGAUCCUGGUUGAGCGUAACAUCACACUGAACGAGAGGAUCCAGCAGACUGAAAAGGAGCUUACCAAGAUGCAGCUCGAAUUGGCGAAGCUACAAAGCACUAUCGAGUCCUAUGAGACUCUUACACAGGAGUCUCUCGACUUUUUCAGGGACAAGGGAUUAGAAGGAGAUGAUAUCAAAGAUAUGCUCGCUCAACUUGACACGAAACACCAAAGUCAGCUCCAAGAAGCGAAAGAUGAGAACAAAAAACAGUAUGAGAACCUAAAAUUCCGAUAUGAUAAAGGGAUCCAAUUACUUGAAACCCUUCAGAAAGAGCACGAUGAGACGACAAAGCAGAUGGAGGAGAACCAAGCAGUGUUUGAAGAGAGAGAUCGAUUGUCCCAGAAGGUUGUAGACCUACGAGAUAAAGUCAAGCAACUGGAAUCGACCAUUAACGCCCUUCAAGCAGAAAAAGGACGAGCCGAGGAAAGAUGUGGGGAAUAUCUUGGACAGGUGCAAGAAUUGAAAACUCGAUGUGCACAACAUGAAGAAACCAUAUCCAAUUUACAAUCCAGAGUUGAUGUUCGCGAGAAGCAGGAUUUGACAGAAUUGAAGAACAACAUCAAAGCUCUGGGUCAGCAAAUCAAGGCUGGCGGUCAAUUGGACGGUGUUGUUGAGAGUGAAGUCGUAACUAAGCUCAAAGAGGAAUUAAGAGCGUGCCGUCAGGAGCUCGACCAUACAAUGGCUGAACUGCAGGAACUCAGAAACAAACCGCAGGAAGACGUAGAGGCGGCAGUUCAAAGAUAUAAAGAUGGGACUUCGACUGCGAGCGAGAUCAGACUUCAUGAUUGGGCAGAAGAAGGACAACAAAAUGAUUUUGCCGAUGAAAGGCGAAAGUUUAAAAAUGAUAUGAAAUCUCAAUUGGCACGUAUGGAGAAGUUGAAGGAGGAUGGUGCGGCAAAAGAUAAGGAAAUUGAAACGUUACGCAAAGGUGUCACUGGUGCUUCUUCGAAGCCUGCUGCGGCUCCUUCCAUCUCCCAGUCCCCUCAAAUCUCAACUACACCUGGUAUCGCCAGAUCGACAGCCAAAGAGCCGAAUCCAAAAAAGCGACACCUCGACCAAUACCCUCCUAACGACAAGCUCAAUCCCCCGCCCGCCAGCCAAAAGCGAUCACGAGUAGAUAAAACCCAACAAGAUGACGAUCACUAUUUCGAUGACAUCAAGGAUUCCGACCUUCCUGAUCCUGGCGAAUAUGGUAAAGAUGCGACUGAUAAGGCGAAAGGGAAGCAAUCGAAGGAUGUAACGAUGGUCGUCGACGGGAGCGAUCAAUCGUCCGAGCUCAGUGAAGAUGAAUUGGAGUCGACACAACCUGAAACUCCAUCUCAACAACCACCGCAUUCUCAAGCGGUCGACACAACCAAGCAUCGUCAAGGACGACCUUCCAAUACCAAGAACGCCAAGGCUACGGCUGAAGUGACCUCAUCAAAGGCUUCGACCUCUAGAAGCAAGUCCAUUCAAGAUGAGGAGGACGAUGAUGAUUGGACUCCUCCAAAUGAGAAGGUUACUAAGAAGGGGAACAAGAACGACAAGAAGAACGGGAAGAAAUGA